AUGGCGGUCGGUUUGGCGGUCGUAAGGGGUAGAGGUCUUCUUGGUAUUUGGAGUCGCGGGAUUCAACCUUCCUCUGUUGUAGAUGUAAGAAGUUUCUUAUUUUUCUGACUUUCUUUUAAGAGAUGUGAUAAUGUUUGAAAUUAUACUAAGAUGUUUAUGUUGAUGCAUGUGUUAAUCAUCAAGUGAUGGGCUGGGCGGUCGUGUACAAAGUUUAAAAUUAAUGAUCAUCUGAUUGCCCACAAAUAAGCUUGAGCAGAAGUAACAAACAGCCCUCCGAGCAGAGACUGCCUUCCUUUGCCAAUAAUAAACAAAGAUAUGAGUGAAAAACCCUUUUGUUAAUUUUUGUCAAGCAAAAUCUAAAAGCAGAACGUACUAAAGCUUUUAUCCUUUGUGGGAGAGUAUGUGUGUGGUGUGGUGGGAUACCAAGCUAAGAUACCCAAUUUCUUGGCCCAGAAAUACCAGUAUGCCUUAACUGCAAACUUGUUGAUCAUAGUAAUGCCUCAGAUUACAGGGGCACCCAACGGCAAUUUUCGGGAAAAUAUCUGUUCGGAAGACGAUUUGAGAUCUAGAAUUUUCGGAGCAUUUGUUGUAAAAUUUCUUGCUUGGCUGCCUCUCCUAGGAUUUUCGAACAUCUACUAAAUGAUAUAAUUACCCAUUUUUAACGGAUUUUGACCCUAAAAAAGGCCACCUAGAAUUUUCGAGAGCCUUUUCCUAGCUAAAAUUUUCGAGAAGGUAAGUUUUUAUCCCUAUAAUUUUCGGAUCACUAGACUUUCAGCUAGGAAAUCCGAACAGAUGAAAAGUUUUUAGGGGAUAAAAAUAUGCCUAUAUCUACCGUUUGAAUACUAAAAUACGUUCAACAAUGCUUUGUUAAGUGGUUUUGAACUAUAUCCUCGUUGGGUGCCCCUGAGAUUACAUUCUAAUGCCGAAUACUAGUAUUACCAAAAACUCCUGGAUAAGACUGAUACCACUGAUGUCUUAAUCAUAUUCCUGUAUCGACCUUUACAUCCCCUAUGGGAGAUUAUACAGUAAUAAUUAGGCUGAAAAUGAUGGUCGGUGAGAGGGAACUGAAGGACAGGUGUUUACUGAAGAUCUAAGUAAGCUUUACCUUCUGCUUUCAUUUCUUGUUUCACAAACCCUGUGACUAAGAUUCAAGUUGACUAAGAUUUCAAGUUGCCAGGUAAAUACUACAAGAAGGCAGGGAAUUAAGCAGCUAGGGACUUCUUUUGGUUGUAUUUUUCUUCUAUUUUCUAGCCUGCGUAGCAUGGCGGUUUUGGUUGCUAAGUAAUAAAGGCGGGCGAGGGCAGAAAAACCACGAGGAGAUUGGGGCGAGGUAGCUGGGGUCACAUUCAUGGAAGCCAGAGGAAAUCCCCAGCCCCCCACUCUUAUACUUAAUGACAGCCCUGCAAGCCUGUAUGAUGAGCACCAUGGUUUCUUUAUUCAGAGCUUUUGCACAUUGACCAGUUGUUUCACCUAGGAGUCAUUUUGCUAAUGUCUUGUUCACUAACAUCUUAUGUUGUUCUGUUUAAGAAGGGAAACGAGUGCUGCCCAUAUGCAUACCUCAUUCUCUAAGCCAUGAAGCAAAAAAAUGCAAUACGCAUGUAACAUCUGUUUGUUUCAUACACUGAUCAGGCAAAAGCAGUUAGGGAACUAACCCUAACACAUAAGCAAAACAACUUAAGACCAGGGUUCAAAAUAAAAUCACCGCUCUUAGCCUGAAUCUGUAGGCUCUUUUUAUCAAGGCUUAUUUUUUCGUGGCUGUCAAAAAUGAAUCAGCACAUCCCAUCAAUAGUCAACAACAGAAAAAGAAAGCUCUCUUUUUUGGUGUUUGUUCAAGCAUAAAAUAUGUGACUUUGUCGUGACAAACCUUCACACUUCUUUACUCACAAACCAGGGUAGAGCACAAACAUGGAAAAUAAUCUGUCAAGCAAUAUGCAUAUACAAAACUGAAUUUAAUUUGAACUAGUGAAAAGGCUUCACAAACAGCACUAAACAAGUUUUUGUGCAAAAUAAAUCUUUAUUACUUGUACCUGUUCAUGGUGAACAAGAAUUCUCUUUUUCAACUUUUGCAGCAUGUGUUAAAUUUCCAAACCUUUUCUCCACUACCCUCAUUGUAAAAUGUUUCCAAAAAGUUUUUAAAUUUUUGGCUGCUUUAUUGGCUGAUAUGAAAUGUUUAUCACCACAUUACAGCGACUUUCACUUCAGUUGGUCAAUCAAAGCAUGACAUUUCUGUUUCUUGGGUGAAAAGUCACUGGCAAGUGUGGUCAAAGUGCUGGCUGCCACCUUCAGGUGGCUCCUAUUUUGAACCCUGUUAAGACGUUAGCGAAGUGGUUGUUCGCAAAAUGACUGUAAAGCUGUUGCACAACCCUGAAUAUCCAACUGAAAUAUUGAUGCUUUGUUUAAUGCACCACUGCUUUUAACCUGAGUCCCUUCCCCUCUCAACAAACAUUGCAGAUAUGAGUGUUACCAGUUCAAAUGCUUGUUGAUACACCAGCACUGUAAUACUGCUUAUCAAAACACAUUAAUUUUUUGCCUAUUGUUUAUUAGACAAUACACAAAAGCAAAUUUGUGAAGAUCACAGCAAGGAGUUAUACAUGUUUAACAGGUAUUUUUGGCAAACUGUGUAUUUCUUUAAUUCUUGUGUACCUGCAUAAUUGUAUCAACUAGACUUAGUUUCUAGAGCCCUGUUUAGCUUAAGUUUAAUUUUUUAGAAAAAACUCAGAAGCUAAACAAAAACACCUUUAAGAUAAUAGUUGCAGCCUCUUUUUAGUAUUGUUGUCAUCAAAACUGUUGACUAACAGUACUGUUUUUUUUAAAAUCAGCUGUUUGGUAGGCUCAGUCAGAUAUCUCUUUUGAGGCAUUGUCCAGCCUGAAAGAUGAAAUUUAUUGGCUUUUUACAUACUCACACUCAAACACUCUAUUAACAAUUGACAUACAUGCAGUCUGUUUCUGUCCAUAAAUAGCAAGUAUUAGUUAAGGACGGCAGAGACACAGGGGUACAGCAGUCAGUGAUAAACUAGAAUGGUUAGUUAAUAAUAACACUUUGGGAUGUCAUUUAGUAGAUGGUUUACUGUAGAAACAUUGACCACAGAAAACAAGUAUGAUUUUCCAAUAACUAGGAAAGGUGUUCAUUUUGUAUAAGUAGUCAUACAACAUCAAGUCAAAUUAUUUUAUGAUUUAUUAAACAGUUAAUGAAUGAGGCUGAGUAUCUUAUGAAGAAUUAUGGAGAUCGAGGAGGGUGUAAUCCCUCGAGGCGGUAGGCCGAGGCGGAUAACACUCUCCAAGAUCUCCAUAAUUCUUCAUAUGAUACGAAAGCCGAAUUCAAUAACUGUUUUAUUAGUCAUUCAAAAUAAUUCCUAGUUUAAAAAGUAACAUAGCUAAAACAAGCUUACCUGCAUCGAUGUUAAGUUUUAUCUUCGAUAUUUUAUGUUUAGGUUUGUCCAGCUCUGCAAAAUAUUUUCCAAAUAGCAGAUGUCGCCCUCCUAGUUGUCUUCUCGCUGUUUUUACUAUGUUUUUAGCCACUAUUUUGCCUAGUUCCAGCUGUAGUUCUUACUCUUGAAACAAGUGAAAUGUCCACUAAUUUUUUUUUUCACAACCAAAACAACUCAAUCUUGUCCCCAGGUCUUCUCGGUUAAUGGUGCCUUAACCUGUAGCAGGCUCCAUUUUUGACGUCAUUUCCUCAUUAAACACAAAAUUCUUCCAAAUUUGGUCAUCAGUAACUGGUUAUGGUGAAUUAUGCAUGUGCUUUUAGCCAAUCAGAAUUGGGGAAUUAUUUUGAAUGAAUAAUAAUAUUAUUUAUUUGCAUGAAUGCGUUUUUAAAAAGGUAUCACAAUGAAACUUAAAAGGCAAUGGCAACAGCAAUGUACAAUGUGUAUGUACAAUGUGUUUUUACAUUAAUACAUCGAGACUGAAUCAAAACCAAGGUUCUUUUGUUAGGUUCGGAGCUAAGCUUUAGAACUCGAUUCAUGAUGAAGCCCAUUAUCUCCUCAAGAGAGCUUUUAAAAAACAUAUCAACUGUAACUGUUACAAGUGGUUGAUUUUGUAAACAAAAUUUACUGGUCGCUUAGGGGAGGGGGGGUGGCCACUGACAGGAGGUGACCUGGUCUCACGAGUCUCUUCUGGCUACAGGUCUGACACAUUUUCUUAUUGCUUACAAUUACAUUAUUAUGAGCAGUGCCAUGUCGACACUAAAAAUUCCUCUUAAAUUCUGAGGAGCAUUAUUCCAUUCAGCCAAGAACUGCCCCUGUCCACGUCCCUUGUACCUUUCUUUUGGUUCUAUUUUCCUUUUGUUUCCUAUGAAAGUAACUCGGGGUCAUACAUAUAGUGGCCAGGGAGAUCCCUGGCCUCCAGCCCUUAGUGACAGCCCUGAUAACAGCAAACUUAGAGAUAUCAUACGGCCUUACGUCCCAGUGGGGGUGAAGUGGUUGAGUGAGUGGGGUGGGUGGGUGAGUGAGUGAGUCUAGGCUAUUGUAAGACCAAAGGCUAAGUGGUCCCUUGCAGGAGUUUAGACAGAAAGGAACCUAAAGAGAGUACAGUUAUUGAUUAUAGCUGGUUGUUUAUGAGAGGUUCUAUUUACAAGAGGUUGCUGAAAAUAAAGGUUUUACUGUACAGUCAAAUAUAAAUUCUCCAUACUGGCACCUCCAUAAUACAGACACCAGUCACAAAUGAAAAGUUCUUUUGGUCCCAACAUACUAAACUUCAUACUUGCACAAUCCCCUUCUCUAUAAUACGGUCCUCUGUAAUGUAAACACUUGACAUAAAGGAGGUUAACUGUACUUGUACCCCUUUCAUAAACAGCAAUGCAAAAUAUGAAAUGAAUUGUCGCAUUUUGUGAAUCAUUGUCUUACAGGUGGUCUUCAGCCAGUUGUGAGAAAUCUUCGAUAUGUGUCCAAUAAUGUGAGCAUCUCAUUUGUAUGGAAUUCAUUGCAACACAGCCGAUCAGUGUACAAUCAGAGACGCUUUCCUUUUGCGGCUAUGUUGUUCCAUCAACAACCAGGAUCGACAGCACAGUCUCUUAUGUUUACGGCUCUAAGAAAUAAGACUUGUCCUAAUCAAGAACUGCAAGGAUCUUUUGGUGCAAGAUACCUUCCCACCCUUAAUCAAUACCGACGAGGUAAAGCGAAAACUAAGAAUGAGAUUGCUGAGAAAUUUGUACCAAAAGAAAAGAAAAUUCUUCUGGGUCCACAGAGAAAAGGAGUUUGUCUUAAGGUAUUUACACGUAAACCAAAGAAACCCAAUUCAGGAAACAGAAAGUGUGCGCUGUUGAAGCUCAGUAAUGGCAAGGUUAUCACUGCGUAUAUUCCUGGUGAACGAGCCGUGUUGCAGGAGCAUGGAGUUGUUUUAUUUGAGGGAGGAAGAGUUCAAGAUUGCCCUGGGAUAAAAUAUAAGAUAAUUAGACGCAAAUAUGACAUGAAUUAGCUGGGGUACUGACGUUGCUUUUGAAACUCCUGAAACAAAUUGUGACUGAAACACUUUAAAAUACUUCUUAUAUUAUUCAUAAGUUGGAGUGUCGCUUCCGCUUUCGCCCACAAAUUAUGAGGCCUUUAGAAAAAACAGGCUCGUACAUGUACCACUAGAAACACUAAUUUUAAGUAACACUCGUACUAGAGCUAGUUAACAUACUAGUAGCCAAUUGCUUGGUUUAAAAUAUAAAAAAACGUUUCUUUGUCUUUGACCUCCUCAUUUACGGUUGAAUUUGUGCUUUUGUGAGGCAUUUGUCAUUUCAUGUUCGGAAAGCUUAGAUUUUAAACAAUUGCCCUAAUCCCCUAGAAUAAGGCAUGAAACUCAUAAUUAGGCCACCCCUUGCGGAGAAAAAAACAUGGAGGCCGUUUUGGAAAGCUUUGCAAAAAAUUUCGGGAGUAACUCUCCGAUUUCUCCUUCAAGACUUGCUUGAAGCAGUGGAAAAAAUGACAAAUUCCCCACUCCCGAGCAGGAUAUUGGUGACGAAGAACGCAUGACUUAGCACAUGCCAGGAGGGAUGGGGUGAGGAUGGACACGCAUUGACUUUCCCUUAAAAAGCCACUCUGCAAAAUCUGUCAUCCCUAAAACCCUUUGUAGAGUAGAUGGGAAUGACACAUUUGAAGCGGAAAUGCAUUUGUAAUGUUUUUAGAAAAGGUUCCUUGAGAAAGCGCUGGCACAAUAUUUUCU